AUGCCUCCACAGCACGCUGAAGUACCUGACAACCCUGUCAUGAACAAAGAGAAUGCCCUAAAUGACAUUAUGGCUGAUGGUAAGAGGGUUUACGCUUUAUCUUUAGCUUUUGUGCUGAAAAAAUGGUUUUUAAAAUAAACUUUUGUUUUUUAAAGUUAAUUUUGUAAAUCUUUUUUAAUUUAAAAUUUUUUUUAAUUUUAAAAUUUAUUCUACCCUCCAGACACCCUGGUCGAUUACAAUCUAGAGCUAGAAGACAUGCAUAUUCAUCACAUGAAUGGAUCCCAAAUGUCUUUCUUCGAAGAUGAAGACAUUGUACUAAAUGGUGAACAAAAUACGAUCAAGUUUCGGAUGAAUAUGAACUCACAGUGGAAGUCAGCUGACUACCAGGCUGAUGUUCAUGCUGGCAACAAGAUCGCCUACUACAACUUGACAGAUGAAAUUGGGUUUGGCAAGUUCAGUCGGGUCAAGAUCGGCAUUCAUACGAUUACUAAUGGUAAGAGUGGGGUUGGGUGGGGUAAUUUUAUAUUGUAUUGAGGGGUGGGAUAAAAAUUUUAAAUUUUAAGGCGGGGGGGGGGUAUUUUGUAAUUUUUUUUUAAUUCAGGGAAGCGAAGCUUCUUUAUAAUUUUAUUGAUAACUUCCCACAUUUUUACCAUAACUUCAAAAAUUUCAGAUACUGUAGCAGUAAAAAUAGUAGAGAAGAUCCGAAUCGACCAACGCCGACACCACGUACUGAAACGAGAGCUUCGUAUGCUAGAUUCCUGUCACCAUCCAAAUAUUUGUCGCUUAUUAGAGGUGGGUUUCCGGAGAUUAAGUACAACUUUUUCAUUUGCAUAUUAAUCCACAAUUGGCUAAUAUUAUUUUGAAAAACAAGUUUUCUCCCGAAUAUAGUAGUUUAAUUACCAGAUUAACACUUUUUCUGAGACUAUAGAGAAGUGAAAAAUUAUUCUCGAAUAUUCGGAUCAAAAAUCUGUCUUUAAAUUUGUCAUAAAUUAUAUCAUAUUAGUUUGUUUCAAAAAGAAUGGCCAACUUUAACCUUGAUUUGUUUGCCAAAAUCGGCCAUUCUUUUUGGAACAACCUAAUAUUAGCUAUAUAUUAGCAUAAAGGCAAAAAUAUAAUCUUUUGAAAAAAAAGUUAAAAAAGCUUGUUUUAGUAUAUUGAUACCUACAACCAACUAUACAUUGUGAUGGAACUGGCGACAGGAGAAAGUCUACAAAAAUAUGUUAGUCACAAUGGACCUCUGAAAGAGCUGCUGAUACGCAAAAUAUUCAUUCAAGCAGUAUCGGCUGUCCAUCAUAUGGUAGGUUAUAUUACUUUAACUAGAGUCACGUCUCUUUAGGAGUUUAAAAAACAGCAACAGAACGGUCGCAAUUCUUUUAAAAACACCCCUCCAUUCCUAUCAAAAACCUUUACCCCACCAUUGUAAAUAGUUUGAACUCCCGCCUCAUCCUGAGGUCUAAAGUAUCACCCUUUCUAAAAUAUUAUGAUAUUCCUUAAAUGGCAGUAAUAAAAACGUGUUUCAGCACACCAGAAACAUCGCUCACCGUGACAUAAAGGCAGACAACAUUGUAUUCAACACAAAAACCGAAGAGAUAAAGCUAGUCGACUUUGGUUUUGCCUGUUUCUCUGAUGACAAAACCUUCUCCACUACCUUUUGUGGCUCUCCACCGUACGCGGCUCCGGAGCUCUUCUCCAGUAAGAAGUAUCGUGCAAAAGCGGUCGAUAUCUGGGCGUUGGGAUGCUUCUUCUACUUUAUGUAUCUUGCUACAAUGCCAUUUGCUGGGAGAACGUUGUACGAGCUGAAAGCUUCAAUACGAAGUGGGAAUUACAAUGUGCCAAAGAACGCUUCUGUAUUCGUACGACGGCUUCUGAAGGGGACGCUGACUCUAAAUCCGAUUGAGAGGUAUACGAUCGAAAGGUUGAUGGUAAGUAAACUAUCAUUUUCAAAUAGAUCACUUCAUACUAUAAAAUUAAAGCCUACUACAGUAGCUAACGUAAAAGAAAAUAUAAUUUUGUUCAUAUAAUUAUGUGCCCUCUAACACAUAAAAUUUAUAUUUAGAGGGGGCACAAAAUUACUUGA